UCGAUAACCGAUAGUCCCACAGAACACAAAACUUUUGUGUAAACAAAAUUAACUGAAUUGUCAUUGUCAUUCUCUGACUGAAGUUUUAUUUAUAAUUUAGCUGCCGAUAGCAGCUAUUCUCUCUUGUCUUCACAUUUUCCUCCUUUCCUUUCCUUCUUUCGAAUUAUAUUGAAAAAACUCGUCGAAUUUAAGUGACUGCGCAUUAUUUUUGUGUUGCCCGAAAACACAUGUGCGAGAAGAGGAAGAACAAUAACAUUUCUGUUUUUCACUAAAACUUGCAGUUUUGAGUUCCUUUUGUGGUCUUUGUUCCGCUGCGUGAUGUCGCACAUCGACAACAUUUUUACCCAGGUACGCGCUCGCCUCCAAUCUGAGGGCGUAAAGCUGUGGGAGGAGCCCUACUUCUCGGAAGACCUUGGCUGCAUCGAAGGCGCCAUGGAGAACCUAGCUGCGGAAUACGGUCGUUUUCUGGGCAUACCUUCCGAUCGCUGUUAUUUCGUGCUUACCGAACUCCAGGAUAAUGCGCUCCGCAAGCUGGCCGCUCGCCGGGAAUUCAAUGCCACCGGAUUGGCCACGUUCAAGGUGCGGCGCAUUGACAAUCGAGGUGGUGGCGGCACCACCACAAUGCAGGACGUUAAGUGCGAUCUGAACUCACUUGGUAGCGAUCUUCAGGCAGCGAUCGCUGCCAAGCUGCAAUUGCCGGACUCAAAUCAUGUCAAGUGCAUUGCAGCCGGAAAGAUGGUGGCCUCCAAUGCCACUCUCGCCUCCCAGCAGCUGAAAAACAACCAGCAGUUGAUCGUGAUCGUGACCGGUCGGGGCGACAAUCAGAACGAAGCGCUCUACGACAGAAUCAACAGGAUCAAGGCCGACGUAGAGGCAGUCGUAUCCUCACAGAAUCAGCUGAUGGAGAUGGAGGACCAGAAUGGCAGUCCCGUUUUUCUGCCACCCGACGAAAAUCGGGCUCUGCUUACCGGCUUGGGAUUUUGCGAGAAGGCCAAGGUGGCAAUGCAGCGCGAAGAUUUCGAGGAGGCGCUGCUCCUACUCCUGGAGGCUGACGAGCGCUUUGCCACAUGCAACUCGCAGUUGCUCGAGAAGGUGGACAAUUACGCUCUGCUCAACCUGGACAUAGUUUGGUGCUAUCUCUGCCUGAAGAAUGUCACCCAGCUUCCAGAUGCAGAGCGGCGCUUGUCCAUCUGUACGCGCAGUUUCCGCCGCAGCUAUGGCGAAAACUUUGAGAGACUGUACUCUUUGAAGGGUAAGGCCUGUCCCGAAAGGGCUCUGCUAAUGCGCCUGAAACUACUCCAGGGCGUGGUGCUAUUCCAUCAGAAUCGUCGGGACGAAGCAUUUGAGCAUUUCGAAGCCGCCUCAGCUUUGCUAAGGGAAUUGAAAGUCAACGAGGAGGAGCUAACAAUGCUGGUGGAAAUGGGUUUCGAGGUGAGUGAGGCCCGCUUGGCCCUGCGCUCCUCUUCAAACGGCGGCGGCGUGGAGCAGGCGGUGCAGUUUAUCCAGGAGCGACGCCAACAACUGAAGGAGGCCCGCAAGCAAUCAAAAGCGGAGCGAUCCCUGCACCGUCGAAUGUCGAAUGGGAAAAACAGCGGCGACUGGGUGAAUCCGCGCAGCGUUUGCACCCUUACCAAUAUGGGUUACGAUCGUCGUUUGGCUGCUCUGGCCCUGAAGCGAUCCAAGAACGACAUUCCCCAGGCGGUGGAUCUUUUGCAGUCCCGCGCUGAUGAGCUAAUGGCUGCACUGCCCAAGACGCGUGUUUCCGCCGAUACUGACCAGUUGGCCCAUCUCCGCCAGCUGGGUUUUGACGAGGACUCAGUGCGUGCUGCACUCGAGAGCACAAGCAACAAUAUGGAGCGUGCCAUAGAGUUCCUGCUGCGGGCUUUUCGCAGCGAAGGUGAGCUUCAGGAGGCUAUGCAGCGGGUCACCGAUCUUGCCACCAAUGGAGGCGAUGGGCCCUCCACCUCAAAUUCGAAUGCUGCGCCACCUUCACCCAUCAUCGAGUCUGUCCUACGACAGGCGCGUGCCGAAAUGGAGACCUACAAGGCGUACCAGCGCUUUAACUCUGAUCUAAGCCAAAGCGACCAGGACUACUUGGAUCUGCCGCUGGUGCAGGAGGAGCAUAUACUGGCCGAGUAUCGUAACCUGCUGGAGCAGUGAUAUUCAAUCGUUUGUCAGAAUGUAAAAUAUAAUGUAAUAUAUGAUUUUCUAUUAUU